UGUGUUGCAUAAUAUUUAGACAAUGCACGUGGCGCUCCCCGGCCCGCCGGACCCACCGGAGGUUCUGUGAAUGACACAGCGAGACCAGCCCGCAGUCCCUCGUCCUCUGUCGCAGGGGGUGCCAAAGUUUUUUCUAACAACAACAACAACAACAACAAUACAAAAGUCAAUACCACCACCAGCAACACCGAAAUAACAAUAACAAAACACACCCAGUAACACCCGGCUCCACCACCAAAAACAGUAACGUCAACAACAGCAGUGGUAGUAGCAACAACAACAAUACAACGAGUCGAUUUGGACAAUGGCGAAGAACACCACGACCGAGUUUUUGAAGGAGACGUCCAACUCCCUCAUCUGGACACGCUCGUGCGACAAGGAGACCAUCAAGCCGGUGGAGGGCCAAGUCAAAGGGGAACUUCCUCCGUGGCUCAGCGGAAGACUCACACGGAACGGGCCGGGUAGGACAGGCUUUGGGGAUACGAACUUCAAGCACCUCUUUGACAUGUCGGCGCUCAUCCACCAGUUCACCAUCCGCGACGGCAAAGUCACCUACCAGUCCAGGUACCUCCAGGGGGACACCUACAAGAAGAACCUGAAGGCAAAUCGCAUCGUUGUGGGAGAGUUCGGCACGGCGGCCUACCCUGACCCGUGCAAGACACUGUUCCAAAGGUUCAUGACCUUCUUUACACCGCUGAAGAUAGACAUGACGGACAACUGCUUGGUGAGCGUGUGUCACUUCGGCGACGAGCUCUACGCGCUAACGGAGACCAAUGUGAUGCGGAGAGUCGACCCAGAAACUCUCGACACCGUGGGAGAGAAGACGAUGCUGGAGGAGUACAUCGGCGUCAACACAGCCACGGCUCACCCGCACGUGGACCCGGACGGCACCGUUUACAACAUGGGCAGCUCCUUCGCCGGCAAGAAGGGCCCGCGCUACAGCAUCGUCAAGUUCCCCCCGCCGGCCGUCGUUAAUGGUCAGAAAAAGUCGUCAGUGGAGCAGGCGAGCUUGGUGAGCACCAUCCCUUGCCAGUGGAAGAUGAGGCCGUCCUACUACCACUCCUUCGGCAUGACUGAUAACUACUUCAUCUUCGUGGAGCAGCCCUUCGUCCUCAACCUGAAGACCUUUCUCAUCAACGUCUUCAUCGGAAAGAGUUUCCUUCACGCUACAGAAUGGCACGGCAAAGAGAAGACCAAAUUCCACGUGGUGCGGCGAGACACAGGCGAGAUCGUAUCCACUAAGUUUGUCUCCGACGCCUUCCUCGUCUUCCACCACAACAACGCCUACGAGCAGGACGGCCAUCUGGUGGUGGACAUGUGCGCCAUCGAGUCUGGGGAGGUUGUCUCGCAGUUCCUGACCAAAAAUCUGUCCAAGGAGGAAUUCAGAACCGACCCGAAGGACUUGCCGCUCCUGAGGCGCUUUGUGCUGCCGCUCGACACCAAGAACGCGCCCAUGAACACUAACCUGGUAACACUGAAUGACACGAAAUGCACGGCUCGCAAGCAGAAGGACGGCACCAUCUUCGUGCAGGGACAACUCCUUUCCAGGAACUCCAUUGAUUUGCCAAGGAUAAACUACAAAUUCAACGCCAAACCGUACACCUUCGCCUACGGGGUAGAAGUCAACCCUCUUGGAGUACAGUUCUGCAGACUGGUGAAGAUCAACGUGAGGACGGGGGAGACGCAGCUGUGGCACGAGGAGGGGCGGCUGGUGAGCGAGCCCGUGUUCGUGGCGGCGCCGGACGCCACACGCGAGGACGAGGGCGUCGUGCUGACCACGCUGCUCGACAAGAAGGACCCGACGUACGUGGCGCUGCUGGUGGUGGACCCCGCCUCGUGGACGGAGGUGGCGCGGGUGGAGUUCAAGGCGCAGGGUAUCGUGACCCAGACCUUCCACGGCCAGUUUGCCGGCACGGAGGAGGCAGUGCACAUAUUCUAAGCACACACACACACACACACACACACACACACACACACACACACACACACACACACACACACACACACACACACACACACACACACACACACACACACACGUUAAGUAAUACAAUAGUUUCUUUUCUAUAUGAACUGCUUCACUAAAUGGAGUUCCGGUGUUAUACAUAUCCAUAAAUUUAGGGAUUCAUAAUUUGUAACAUAAAUCAAAUAAUAAGGGAUAGUUCGAUUUUUGUCCAUCUUGUUGAAUAGGAUAAGAUACACGUAAGAAUUUGUUACACCCCCCAUACACACACACCACCUCCUACUACUACAGCGACUACUACUACUACUACAAUUACUAC